AAAACAACGAGUCACGCAGACGCGAAUCAUCAUCUUACCAAGUACCAACGUCAAUUUGCAAAGCAUACCAUUUCAUCAGGGUAGACGACGCUGUCGUUUUCUCUAUUCAACCGACGACAAACACGAUACUUAUCCCGAUCACGAAUUCACCGCACAAGCCAACUUAAACCGAACCCUAACCCCACGAUUCCUCUGGUUUUCCAAUUAAACAAUUAACCUUCAUUUACUGCUUUCAAGUUUUUGUUAUUUUGCUCUGGAUCAAACCCUGUGCCAGCAAGCAUCUGCGAAUUUCAACACCUGUGCUCUGUUUUUGCCUCAGUAGGCAAAUGGGUGCUUUGUUUAGUUCGCAGAAGCCGAUGAGCAAAGAAGAGAUGGAAACAGCGUUGAAUAAGGCUAAGGAGAUAGCAUCCUCCGCCCCUGCCAUUGUCUUCAGUAAGACUUACUGUGGUUACUGCAAUCGGGUCAAAGAUCUCCUGAAACAGCUAGGAGCAGCCUACAAAGUCAUUGAAUUGGACACUGAAAGUGAUGGAGGUGAUAUUCAAUCAGCUUUAGCUCAGUGGACAGGGCUUAGGACUGUGCCUAACGUAUUUAUUGGAGGAAAGCACAUUGGUGGCUGUGACACUGUUUUGGGGAAACACAGCGCAGGCCAACUUGUUCCACUUCUCAAUGAUGCUGGGGCAAUUGCCAAUAACUCUGCUCAGCUCUGAAUAGCCACAGGAUAUUUUCUUAAGAAAGAUGAAAUAAUGAGAAAAUAUAUGCUACAAUAUCUGGCAUUACUAAUACUUUGUAUGAGUAUAAGGUGCAACAAGCAUGUCUAAUGUACCCCAAUUAUGUGAGAGAGGAUCAUGUUAUUACCAUCAUGAAUGUGUAUUAAAACAUAAAAUUAUGUGU